ACGUACUUUUUGGACCUGCGUUCCCUCGUCCCCGCAGUCCUGUUCUGCAUAGCCACCACAUCGCAGCCAUCGCCAUCCCUCCGUCACUUUAUCCACCCCAUCAAGCACCCGCUGCUGUCACUUUCCCCGUCGUGCUUCGUGUAUACCCGCCCUUCCCACAGCCUCCAGUCCGAUUCUCUCGUCCCUAGCCGAGGACUGUCCCGCAUUGCGCUUGUCGCGCCGGCACAAACUGCGACAGCUAGUGCAGACUAAUUACCCUAGUUCUGACUAGUUGCCCCAGGUUAGCAGCUCAGCCGCGAUUUGCGCUGAUAGGGACAGCCUCCCUCCUUCGACGCCGCGUUCCUGUGUCUCUGGAGUCGACGCCGCGUGUUUUUGAGAAUUCUAAAAAACUCCCUGCAAAGUCGACGCCGCGUUCUCUCACAUUCGCGGAGGGAAGAAAGCGGAGGACAUUCGGCGGAGGUCAUUCGGCGGAAGAAGUUCCGCGGAAACCAUUCAAUUCGGCGGAGGGCAAUCUGUGGAGGGCGUCGGCGGAGGACGUUCCACGGAUCAAAGGUAGCCGACCCUGAAACGCUCUUGCAACCGCCCCGUCCGACAGCCGCUCACGAUGUUUCAAACCGUCAGCGCUCGCGAUUUCACCAGCAGGCGGCGACCGGCCAAGCUAACGGCGGCCGGCGGCACUGACGGCCACGGCGACAGUCGCCAGUCAGCGCGGCCCUUAUUCGCGCGAGCGUCUACUCGCCGCGACUCGCAAGGAGACGGACGGAACGGAGCAGGAGGAGUCAGAGGAGGAAGAGCAUCCACGACUGACCCCGCGGGGGCGGCAGCGGGUGGUCCGAGCCGAAGGGGACGGAAGAUGCGGGCGCAGUCGAGCGGCGCGCGGACAGCGGCAUCGGCGGCGGAAGAUGCGGCGCAGGCGGAACUCGCGGCGACGCCGGGACUGCUGGAGCCGAUGCGCGUCGAGCUGGUUCCCGUGGACGGCGUGGCCAACUGCUACCGCGUUGCAGCGGGCAUGAAGUCGCGGCACCCCCCCGCUGUGAUCUACAACCUGCUGAGGGACUUCAAGGGCGGCCCAGCCAUCUUUCGGCACAUGGACAAGUGCACCUCGGCGCCUCAGCCGGACGGGAGCUUCCUGGUGGUGCAGAGUGUGAAGUGGCGCUUCCAGCUGAUCUCAGGGAAAUUCGACCUCGCGCUUCACUGUCACUGCGACGACGCCGCCCGCACCAUCACCUACCGACUGGCCAACCCGGGCUUCAUGAAAGCCUUUGUCGGCACGUCUACCAUCCGCAGCCUCUCUCCCCUCCCUCACUCCCCACCCGCCGCUGCCUCCUCUCUUCCUCUCACCGUCCCGGGCACACGCUUUGCCAACCUCCCCCAGCUACAACCGCAACCCGCAUCACAGCCACAGUCCCAGCCCAAGCCAUUGCACCCUUCGCUACAGAUGAAGCCACUGCAGCAACCUGCCCUGCUACAGCCGCCUCUGAAGCUGCACCAGCGCCUGCUACAGCUGCAGCAGGCGAUUCCCCUGGGCCGCUUUCCAGCUCAGCUGCUGGCGUUUGGGCGCGUUUCAGUGGGGGAACCGCAGAUUGAGGGAGCAAUGCUGGGAACGGGAGGGGCUGCUGGAUUGGCUUUGAGUCGACUCAAAAGCUUCCCGGCUCAGAUGCUGGCACUCGGGCGCGUGGCAGUGGGGGGACCGCAGAUCGAGGGCAAUUCACCUGGCAUGGCAUCAGCAGCAGCAGCAGCAGGAGGAAAAGAAUGGGGAACAGGAGCGGAUAAGACUUUGACAAGCUCGCAAUGGGGGCCUGGGCGGUCAACAGAUGCUUCGAAGCUGGUGCAAUGUGAGCCGUCGGAUUGUGGGUCGGUGAUUGAGAUCGUCCAGAGGGUGGAACCUGCCGCCUUGCCUCUCGGCCCUCUCUAUCAAUUUAUUUUGGGCCACAUUAUAUCGAGCCAGAUGCGAGGGCUCUUCCAUCACUUAUGCGUGGAGGCAACAAACAUCGAAGCGAGGCAAAAGGCCGAACAGGCGAGGUUGACUGCGGCUGCUGCCACUGCCUCUGCCGCUGAGGGUUCCAUGGAAAAUGGAGCGAGCAUGAGAAACAUGCUGGGUUUGUGGAAUAGCAGGGCAGUGGUCCCGGUUCAAGCUCAUUGAAGGCGAAUGAUUUAGUUGGGAUUGAUUUUUCUGUACAGCAUGUUUUGUGAACGGUUUGAACCGCACCCUCAUUCUUUCGGAUUGCCGCUCCUAAUUCAACGACGUGGGAUUGCUUAGAGCACACUUGUUGGCGUAUAAAUAGUUCAGCAGUCCUUCAAAACUAUUCCAGUUCAUUUUUCUCUGUAGCGAGUUAUUCGUCGAUCUUCCCAAGGCCGGAUCCUAGCGUUCAUACGGGAGAUGUCCAAACAUUAGACCUAGAUCACGCCCAACAAACUUUCGCAGCGCAGCACACGCCUUGAGUCCAAGAACUUCCUUAGCGGAUUGGCCUCAGCUCGCCAAGGCAGACUAAGCCAUUUUUGCGUGGCGUACAUUCGGCGCGAUCCCAUAGAUACAGAGGGGAUCGUUCCUCGUUGUCAUCUAGUAUGCUCACGUGCUAUUAGGGCUAGUAACCCAGGCGCCGCGAGACUCGGAUUAGUACUAAGGCCAGGAGGCGUGGGGUUGUUGCCCCCGUUAUACUUUUAAGUAGGUGCGAGUCUGAUUUAGGGCUAACCCAGGCGCUGCGAGACUCGGAUUCCUAGUGUCGUUUCGCACUAGAAGGAGACCCGUUGGGAGGCCUGCUAUUGUUGGUACCCGUUGUACGUCACCCGUUGACCGCAAUAAUCCGUGUGUAAUGAGUCGACUCAAUAAUCGACUCAUUACACAUGUACGUCACCCGUUGAGCACAAUAACCGUUGACGUACAGCGCCUGCGAGGCUAAGUUAGGGCUGUUCGCACUUAUCAAGAACACUUAGUCGACCACGUUUUUAUCCCGUUACCGUAGUUCCCUCCGAAGCGGAGUCAGCUUAUAAGGGGUACUGCCAGCGGACGGUCGGUAUGAGCUCCGGAGCGCAUACCCAGCAUCUGACCAAUCCGGGGAUGCCACCUGGACCUCCCCCAGGUCCUCCACCUGGCAUGCUUCCUCAUCCUUCGUCCACGUCAGCAUCCGCGGCAUAUUCAGGCAACCCGUACGGAGCCGCUAAGGCACAUACCUCGUCCUAUGCUACUAACUCUACUUACGCUCCUAGUUCGUCUCUUCCGGUUGCUCCUCCGCUUCCGCUUCCGCCUCCACCUCCUCCGCCCUCCAGCGGAAAUCUUCCGCUCCCCCCUCCUCCGCCGUUUCCCCCUCCUCCCUCCGGCUCCCACCACCCCACACCUCCCCCCCCGCCUCCCCCCACGUCCGAUCCCCCCUUGCCUCCACCCCCUCCCUUCCCACCCGCGCACUCCGCUCUUCCGCCUCCCCCGCCUCCCCCAUCCGCUCCUGGCGGGGGGGUUCUCGCCCUUCCGCCACCCCCCUCCGCCCCGCAGCCUCCGCCAGCGGAGAAGGGGCGGGAUGCGGGAGGGGACGGACGGAGAGAUAAGCGCGGAGCUGGCGGGGAUGCGGCAGACGGGCGGAGAGAUAGGCACCAGCAUAGUCACCAUUCGCAACAGUCACAGCAUCAACAGUACAAAGCGUCACAACCAGGAUCACAGCAACAGCAGCAGCAGCACCACCACCAGCAACAGAAGCAGCAGCAGCAGGAUGGGGGGAAGCAUAGGCACUCCUCUCACGCGCAAGCCGGGGGGAAAGGCAGCCACGCGGGCGG